CUUCUCCUCUUAAACUCCAUCCAAAAAUGGGCUUAUUCCUUUGCCUUCUCUUGUUCUUCCUCGCCUCAUCAGCUUCUGCCUGUGAUCGCUGUCUCCACCACUCCAAGACUGCCUAUAUCUCAAAUGAUUCAACACUUUCAUCUGGGGCUUGUGGCUAUGGCUCCUUAGCCCUUGGCUUCCUCGACGGACACCUCGCUGCUGGCGUGCCGUCCCUUUACAAGGAGGGCGUUCGUUGUGGCGCAUGCUAUCAGAUGAGGUGCAAAGACAAGAAACUUUGCAGCACAUCUGGGACCAAACUCAUUUUGACUGAUCUGAAUCUACACACCAAUAGAACUGAUCUUGUUUUGAGUAAGAAAGCUUUUUCUGCGUUGGCUCAAAAGGGCCAACAUUACAAUAUCUUCAAGCGCACGACUCUCGACGUUGAAUACAAAAGGAUACCAUGUGAAUACAAAAAACAAAAUCUGUCAGUAAGAAUUGAAGAGUCAAGCCAAAAGCCCCAUCACAUGGCUGUUAAGUUCCUAUAUCAAGGUGGGCAGACUGAUAUUCUACUGGUUCACCUGCGUCCGGUGGAUUGGGGAAGUACGUUCUUCAUGAGCAGAAGGCAUGGGACGGCGGUGUGGGAAAUAGACACGGCACCGGAGGCGGCGGUGGUGUUUCAACUAAGAGUGAUUUCAGGGUUCGACGGGAUGUGGGUGACAGCGGAGCGGGUGGUUCCGGCGGACUGGAAGCCGGGGAUGAUCUACGACCUUGGAGUUCAGAUGGAUGCCAUUGCCAAAGGACAAGAGAGCUGUAGAAAAUGUGAUGAAGGGCAUUGGUGAUAAAGACCAUACGAUGACCAUUUGGUUGAAAAAACGCUUUUGUCGUUGUUGACAUCAAAUAAAUGAUAAUGCAAUCAUGGAACUUACGGUUUAGUUUCUA